AGGAGCAGACCUGCACAAACACAUGACAUGCAAGAACGUCAAUAAACUGUCACAGUUUGCAGUGGGUGUGGAAUUAAGUAUUGACUGAUCUGAGGUGAGGAAAACGUUGCGUCACGUGCCGAAGUCGGCGCAUGCCACAUGCGGACUCUCUCCACGUCGCCUGCAAGCCGCCGAGAUGGCAGGAGGUGUGCGGAGAAAGUCUCCCGGUUCCCCGUCCCCUCUGUGGGGGAAGCUUCACUCCCUGUGGCAGGACAAACAUUUGGUCCUGUUCAAGACGGAAUACACGCUACUGGUCAUUUCUGUCUUGUGGUUCCUGGAGAUCGGGAUCAAUGUGUGGGUCAUACAAAAAGUAGCAUACACUGAGAUAGACUGGAAAGCUUACAUGGAUGAAGUGGAGGGCGUCAUCAAUGGCACCUACGACUACACCCAGCUUAAAGGAGACACAGGCCCCUUGGUGUACCCUGCUGGUUUUGUCUACGUCUUCACAGCUCUAUACUACAUCACCAGCCACGGGUUGAACAUCCGUCUGGGCCAGUACAUUUUUGCUGGUUUCUACCUCAUCACGCUGCUGCUCGUUUUCAGGAUAUACUACCGCACUAAGAAGGUUCCUCCUUAUGUGUUCUUCUUUGUGUGUUGUGGCUCCUAUCGGAUCCACUCCAUCUUUGUGCUGCGUCUCUUCAAUGACCCAGUGGCCAUGAUGCUGCUGUUUGCAGCUGUCAACCUCUUCAUGGAUGGAUACUGGACCCUGGGCUGUGGCCUCUACAGUUUAGCAGUGUCUGUGAAAAUGAAUGUGCUUCUUUUUGCCCCUGGGCUACUUUUCCUCCUCCUGUCUGAGUUUGGUCUAAUCAGGACAAUCCCGAAACUUUGUCUGUGCGCGGGCAUACAGCUUUUGCUGGGCCUCCCUUUCCUCCUGGAGAAUCCCAUUGGUUAUGUGAGCCGGGCUUUUGAUCUUGGCCGUCAGUUCAUGUUCAAGUGGACGGUCAACUGGCGCUUCCUGCCAGAAUGGCUCUUCUUGAAUCGCUACUUUCACUUACUCCUGCUGGCUGCCCACCUGCUCACCCUGCUGCUCUUUGCUUUCCGCCGGUGGAGAAGACCAGGAGAAAGCAUCUUCGAACUCCUCAAGGAGCCUGGCAAGAGGAAAAUCCCUCCUCAGGAGAAAACUGUGGAUCAGAUAGCUCUGAUUCUGUUCACCUCUAACUUCAUUGGCAUGUGCUUCAGUCGUUCGUUGCACUACCAGUUCUACGUCUGGUACUUCCACACGCUGCCUUACCUGCUUUGGAGUGGAGGAGUCAAGAAGAUGGCCCACCUGCUCAGGGUCUUGAUCCUGGGUCUGAUCGAGCUCUCGUGGAACACCUACCCCUCCACUAACAGCAGCUCAGGCGCCCUCCACGUCUGCCACCUCAUCAUCCUUCUGUGUCUGUGGCUGGCUCCGCCCCUGCCUUCAGCCCCAGCAGAAACACAACAACAUACACCUGUCAAGGACAAACGCCAGUGAGCAACAGCCUGAUCGGACCGGACGUCGUAUUCAGUCUAAUCAGCUGCUAAACAGCCUCCAUCCUCCAAUUCCUCUUUUUGAUCCUCACAACACUGGUGCAGAGGGAGGUCACUGGGGUAGACUGUUUAUACGUGAAUAAAAGGAGCCAUUUGAUGCUUCUCAUCUCAGCUCACUGCUAAAAGUGAAGGAAGCGAACAUGUGGGUGCAGUCUGCAGACAGAUACCUACAUAAUGAAAUGGGAUGUAGUCGUUCCUUGCAGUUGCAGAGAUGAAAAGAGGAAGAAAAUAUGGAUUCUCAGGUUUCAUUUUCAGAUUCAUUAUAGGAGGAGUGGAGUAAAGUGCUAGGAGGAAAUUGCGAAUGUUAUUCUGCGUGGAAAGAAUUUAUUAGAUAGGCUAUAUUUCUACUUAUUAUGUUACAACUACAGUCUGCUUAUAAUUCAUCUGGCCUAAUUAUUACUUCUUGUCUGAUAUUCUGAUGUUAUCCAAAGUCUUGUCAGUUGUAUUAAGAAGGCUUUAUAUUAACUUAGUGCAAAGCUUUAAAUUAGUUGCAAAUCAGGCAUAGGCUUCUGCGUGUCAGUAUUCUCCAGUACAAGGCCAAAACUCUCUUCCAGUAGUUAUACAAGUUUACACAAAUUUGUAAAACUAAACAAUACACAAUCACAGCUAUUUCUUUGUCGGAUUUGUUACAUAAUCGAUUCAUCCUUUGUUGUGGCUGGCUCUCUACAUUCAUCGGCCCAUAAGCAGGUUGAAUGUGGAAAAUAUGCAGUAGACUGAAACAGCAAAAUUGUAACAUUUUAUAUUAAAAAGAGAUGCCACUAAACCUUGA